AUGAGUGAAAUGGGAAUAGAAAUCCUAGCAUAUGAUCAUUCAAACUUAAAUAUCUAUCUUACAGUUCUCGAUAGAAAUGGUAUGAUCCCACCACACACAACCUCAAACGGAAAAUUUGAACUUAGAAUCACAGAGAACAAAAAUACAAAAAGUACCAAACCUAACCAACCUCAGGACAGUACGCCACACCAAGCUAAUCAAGCUAAUCAAGCUAAUCAAAUUAAUCCAAUUAAUCCAAUUAACCAAAUUAUUCAAAAUCAUCAGGACCUUCAAACUCACCAAGAACCUGACAAAGAAGACCCAACAGCUUUAGAAAAAACCGAAGAGAAAACACAUCGACAAACUAUAAUGGAUGACUUCUUCAAAGAAAUGGACGAGCAGGAAGAUGAACCAUCCAACACUAGAAUUGACCUAACAAUCGGAGACAAAAACGAAUUAGCAGAGGCUCAAGAACAAAAACCUAUCGAGGAAGUAGAGGAAGUAGAGGUAGAGGAAGUAGAGGAAAUAGAGAAAGUAGAGGAGGUAGAAGAGCCAAUAAUCGAAAUAGAGGAAAUAGAGGAAAUAGAAGAGCCAAUGAUUGAAAAGGAGGACAUCGAAAACUUCAGUCAACAAAUAAUUCUAUUAGAAACACCAGCAAAUUCUCAAAUAGACCUCAUAAAAGAAGAAUCACCAGUUAAAGAAAUCAUAAACAAAUCUAAUGAUGAAUAUAACAAAUCAAUGGAGAAACCACCAACAAAAAUAAAAAGGUUAGCAACAUUAAAAUCAACUGGAAUAAUCCCAACCAAUAAUGGAAAGGUUAUAAAUUUCAACAAUCCAACACCACCAAAAUUACCACAAAACCAUUGCUGCCCCCAAAGAAAAAAAAUCAUCACAACUGAAGAAAAGGUUAAGGAGUUUAAUCUAAAACUCCAAAGCAAACAAAAAUAA